ACAUGUUGGACCCCAGGAGAGAUGAAGAUGUCUUGAAGAAGCUCCGCGACAACACGGAUGCAGCCACGUGGUCGGCUCUCAGUGUGUGCGCCUCCUCCUUGGAGGGACUGAGGUUCCGUGUGACUCUGAGCAUCUCAGCCUCCCCCUCCAAGCCUAGCCCUUUAGUCCGGGUUGGGGAGAGAGGCUCUGAGAUCAAAGAGCCCCGUGAAGCAAGUCGAUCGAUCGGUGGACAGACAGCUCCUUGAAGCUCCUAUGGCCCCGGUCCAAAGGAAUCCAAAGUGGACAAGUCAUGUCCAACGGAACGUGGCAGGGAAGAUCGGGGACACUGGGGAAAUGCCUCGGCUCCAGUGCCCUGAAACGAGGGCCAACAAGGAUGCGUGGGUGUCUCUGAAGCUCUUGUGGGGAUCCACAGCACCACCGAGAGUGACUGCGGUCUCCCUCGUCACAGACGGUGAGGGGCUGGCGACAUUCCUCAUCGGUCUCCUUAACAUGGCAUUCUCAGAUUGACAACACCUCUGCCCUCCCUGCCCAUCGCAGAGGCCACCUCGCUGUCACCUUCGACUCUUCCGUGUCGUUCAGCUCUCACGACUACCUCUCCCGUCGACGGAAGCAACGACGGUGGAUGCGUCGGGACAAAAACCAUCACUCACCGCUGAUCCCUGUGUAGGAGACCAGCUGCAGGGGCCCGGGCCUGAGAGUUCACUCCGGGGGGUGCAACCUGAUGUUCGCCUCCUUACCUAACCGCUCCCCAGGGCUGUGCCAUGCCGUGCCUCCUCUGUUGUGGCACAUUCAGGAGCCCACAGGCGGUGGACUUCAGGAAGACACCCCCAACCCCUCCAGGACAGGGUUGAAGACUGAACUCGGGAAGAUGGUCCUGGCCAGUGCCAUGUGUUUCCGGUUGACAGAUGCAGUGCUGAAGGCCGUUUACGUGCAGAACGACCAACUGCUGGCAGGAACUCCACCUGGAGGAUAUGGGGCCCAAGAAGGGGCUGAGGUCAGCAUGGUGCCCAAUAGGUACGUGGAUGGCAACCUGUCCCCCGUCAUCCUGGGAGUAGAGGCAGGGCAGCGCUGCCUGUCCUGUGGCACUGCUGAGGAGCCUGUCCUGAAACUGGAGGCAGUGGACAUCAUGGAUCUCUAUCAUCACGGGGACCCGUCCAAUCGAUUCACCUUCCUGCGCAGGCGCUCUGGGGCCACCUCCCGCUUUGAGUCGGCCAUGUUCCCGGGCUGGUUCCUGUGCAGCCCCCCCGGAGAAGACCAGCCCCUGAGUCUCUCCCGCCAGCCUCCAGAUGCCAGUUUGGGCUUUAUUGAUUUCUCACUGCAGCUGUGCAGCUAGCCCAGUGUAGCUCCUGAGGCAGAGGAACAGGAUUGAGGGACUGUGUUGGUCCCAGUGAGCAGCCCUGCCAGGGGCCCAGGAAUCCACUUUCAGCUAUAGCUCUAGGAGGAGGGGAGAGUGAUGAGUCCUCCUUAUCAAGGAGCCUCCAAUCUGGACCCGUGCUGCUCUGGAAGGGCCCCAGGACACACUCUCUCUCUCUCUCUCUGUGUCUUAGGGUGGGAGGUUGAUGACUUCCCUCCUCCUAAUCCACAUCCUCUACUUCUCCUGCCCACUCUCCACUACCUGGGCUAGCCCCAAGAAAGAGCAAUUGAUUCAGAAAUAAAAGUAGCUUUCACUGAC